AUGGAUAACGCCCUUGAUGCUGCCAGAAGCACUAGACAAAUUAUAAAAGCAUUUUAAGAGGACUCUCAGAGUAGAACUGGUAAAAUUGAUAAUGGGGUUAGAAAAGUUUUAAUAAAUGUCUUUCUUCAGUAAAACUAAUAAGUUCUGAAAAAUUCUCAACCUGCUUAAUCCAGAUAUAAGAAUAAUGAUGAGCACAGUAUUUCACCAGGCCAUAGUAGUUCUAUCAUAGAUGUAAAGACUCCAACAAUGCAAAACAUUAACAAAAGUAUGAUCUUGCCAAAUAAUAGUAGAAACAUAGCCCAAAGCAAUAGCUCAAUAUUCAAAAAUAUUGAUAGACUAGAUCCAAAAAGAUCAAAUAUUGAUGAGUUGCUUAAGUAUAGACAAAGUCAGAAUACUACUUUGAACUAAAAUUAAAGAUCUGAUGUUAUUGAUGAAAGCAAUUCUCUUUUGGGAAACUACUUAAAAUCUCUGAAAGCAGAAUACAAGCAACCUAAAAAACAGAAAUAUUUGAACAGUGAAAUGAUGGCUAUAUCACUUGAUAUAAAAAGUGAAAUAGAGUACUAUAAAAAUAAAAAAGAAAGAGAAAAAUAUGAUGACGUCGGAAGUAGAAAUAGGUCUAUAUUCAAACCUAAUUUAAUGAGUUCAAUCAUAAAUCAAUAAGCAGAUAUAAAUAAGCUUCCUACUAUAGCAUAGUAAAAUGAUGGUUAGUAAAGCACACCAAAGGCAGAUAAUGAUAAUGAGGAGAAUGAUGAAGAGAAAAUUAAGAUUGAUGAUUAAACCCAUAAUAAUGAUUUAAAUUCUAAUGAGAAUAGAUAAAAUGCUGAUAAUAGCAAAAAGCAAAAGCGAAUAGGCUAAAGAUCCUAGGUGAGAAAUUUUGUCUUUAGUACUAUAUCAAGAGAUCAGAUUUACAAUCGACAAAGGAAAUAAUAGGAUAGCUUACCUGAAGUCGGCAAAUAUUACCCAAAAUAUAGCUUGAUUGUGCAACGACCAUUACAAGUUGAAUUUUCUAAAGUAUUUGAAAAACCUGGAAGGAUUGAACCUGCAAUCGCAUUAAAGGCUGAUGACUCAAGUAAAAUGAUUAGAUUAAAAACAAAUGAGACAUCUAAAGUUCACACUAAUCUUGAAAGAAAUGCUUCAUAGAUUUUGCACACUCAAAAAUAAGAAAAUGUUUUAUUACCUUCUAUUAUUGUCAGGAACACAAGAAAUCAAAAAGCAUUAGUAGUUCAUAAAACUAUAAGUACGAAUCCAAGAUAAUAGAAUUAACUAUGA